AUGUCAGAUGGCCCUCAUGAAUCGCUCACAGCGUACACUAAAGAGCGUGUGAGAUCAAUAUAUCAGGACGGGCGGAAAUGGAAAAACAGCAACGCUAUCGGUCAACCAAGAACCUUCGAGGCGCGUUCGAUAGAACACGAUACAACAAGCGAGCUGUUUUACAUCUUUUCGGCGGCUCAGCAAAAGGAACGAUUACAAGAAAUGGGCAGAUCUUAUUUCCGCGCCGUCCAGGAAUCCCAGGAUCAUAUCGCUCGGCUAGAUGACAAGAUUGCAUCCCUGAUGUCUUGCUGCUACGAUGGCGUCCUGGACGAGGACUAUAUGGUCUCGCAGACUUGCGCAUUAUUAUCUCGCGUGCCUGGCACUCCUCCUCUGCACCGGGCAUUGAGUUCAAUGUUUUCAGGCCACAAGUUUAAUUGGGGUUACUUCGAAGGUGUCCACCACAGUCAUGUUCUGUUGAAUGAAAAUACCUGGGAAAAGCUCCUCGUAACUAAAUGGAUUGACUCAAACACCGUGAGAAUUGCUUUGACCAUUGUCCAAGUGCGUGAUGGGACGAGUAGCAACAUGGUGGAUCAUUUUCGACAGUACCUCAACACCCUAGCUGAGAUCUCAGAGGCGACGUUCUCUUUGCUCUGCCGCUGCAACGAUGUGGUGGAACAACAGUCCUGGUUGCUGGCUUCAAGUUUUCUCUGGACGUGCUGGUAUCGUGGACUCAUGCUUCAUCUCCACAGUGCUCUCCAUUUCCAUCUUCGAUUCGGCUACAACGUCGGGGCUUUGAACCGACUUGACAUGAGGCAGCCGUUGCCGCAGAUGGGCGUACUCUCAUCACCUUCAGAACCGUCAGCAUACUUGUGCCCCUGGGCGUUCGAGCUGUUACGAUCCGAUAGAGCAUCUGUGAGUCAAGAUUUCCGUCGUUUCCAUCAGCGGUUUUCGACGCUCCACUCCCAGAAGAAAGCUCGGUGCAUAGGUGGUCCAUGCCGCCCCUGUAACGGACAAGGUCCAACACAUUGCCAACGCUUUACGGGUCUGAAGAUCGUUGACCAGUCUGCUCACGACGGAUCCUGCGAUGGUCAAUGUCAGAGUUUAUUCUGGGACGAGGCGAGCUACCGCAGUGUCGCCGGAGCCAGAGCAGUGUCAAUUGUUGAUACGAAUGAAGAGUUUAUUCGAUACUGCCAGGCUUCUCGCAAGACGAUAGCUGUGUCGCAUGUGUGGGCUCAUGGUGCGGGUGGUCGACCGCACACCGGCUUCAACGCCUGUCUACAUCAGCGGCUCGUUCGAAUUGCUCGAGAAAACGACUGCGACUCCUACUGGAUGGACACGCCUUGUAUACCGGAAGAUCAUCAACUUCGAGCUGAAGCGAUCUCGUAUAUCAACGAAGUCUUCAACACAAGCAGCAUCACGCUGGUGUGGGACCGGGAUCUCAUGUCGAUCGACAUAUCUCGUCCGUCGAUGGAGGUCCAAGAGGCGAUCCUGUGCACUCUCUUGGUCUGUGACUGGACCUUGAGGUCUUGGACUCUGCUAGAGUCGAUGCGUGCCCGCCACAACAUUCAUCUCUUGUGCAAAGACAACAAGACUGUCGCGCUGAGAGACUGUCUUCUCAAUGUCCAUCACGCCGGUGCCAUCGACAUUGCGACAUUAUUGCUCACCAGCCAACAACUUCUGCCCGCGAUACAAUACGACGGUGAAGAACCCGAUGACGAACUACAGAGACAAAUGAAGGGUUACGUCCCUGUCGAGGAAGCUCUGCACCUGCUGGCUCGUCGACACGCGUCUAGACCAGGAGACAGCGUCGUCAUCUUGAGCCUGCUCAUUGACGAUAAACCCGUGUAUACUGCAGAGGCAUUCUGGAAGUCAAAGAUCGGCCAGUCCUUGUACUCGGGCGUGCUAUUUUCAUCCCAGCCCAGGCUCCAAUGUAAGGGGUUUGGAUGGGCACCUUCUCAGCCAGAAUUACCCCUAGCUGUUUUGAGUGGUGAUUCUCCACACUCUCAAGAGUACCUGUUUGACGGUUCACAGUCGUGGCCAGCGAUAAUUACCCCAGACGGUCUCGACGCGACGUUUGCCACGUUCGAAAUACCUGAACUCGAGCAAGAAUCGUCGUCGUCGUCGUCCCCGCUUCAGCAUGUCGUCACCAACCUAGCCCAGAAGUUUCCCUGGCCGGGCUCACAACGUCGUCAGCCCAGCCAAAUACAAAUCCUACGUGACCACUUCCAUCUGGAGAGGUAUAAGCACUCGCUACUUCUUCUUCCCGUCGUUGCGAACUCGUCACGCAGUGCCCCAUUCAACGCGUACCGCGGCCGGUCGAAUGGCCUGCUAUUUGCCGUGGUGGGUUCCCAUGAUGAGGAUCGGCGGACGUGGCACUGGCUCGGGACUUUUGAAUGGGACCUGACUUGUCCGCCUCUGCCAAAGAAGAGGAAGGAACGGGAGAAAGUGUUCAUUGUCUAG